AUGUUCAAUGGCUCAGCUCCUUCCAACGGAGGAGGCGCCGAUGCCAAUCUAGCUGCCAACCAAGGCAUUGUCAAAGUCGUCCUGGAGGCACUUCAGAGAGAUGGUUCCAAGCCUGUCGUCAGCCUUGACCAGCACGCACUCCUCCUCGAGACGCUCCUCUCCGACGCCUUGCCCAGCACGCCGGUCCUCCAUCCAGCACAGCGCCAAAAGUUGUUCAAUGCGAUUGCAGACAAUGUAGGCCCGGAUGCCACCGCCGAUGCCGUUCGUCAGGCGCUGCCCAAGCUCAAGCUCAAGCAAGAAAAGAAUGUCGCUGAUCUGCUCAUCGAGCUCGGCGUCAGGAGCCUUCCCACCGUCGACACGGCCCGCGCCGUCCUUCAGCGUUUCGGCUUAACGGACGCCAAUCCGCCAGACGAGCGCAUGGUCUCCGAGAUCCUCGCUAUCCUCCUGUCGGUCGAUCCUGCUAUCUUUGAGAGCAACCGCGUCACCAAUUUUGCUAACCUCGUCCAUGCCCUUGCCGCGUUGAAGGCGCAGCUCUCCUGGCCUCGGGUCAUUCGCGGUCUUGAUGAGCUCGAUGGCUUCAACCCUUCCUUCCACGGCCACAUGGCCGGCAUGGCCGACAUCCUCAUGUACGCUCCGGUGCAAGCACAAACCCAGGUUGCCGCCGUCUCUGGUCUCUGGGGUCCGUGGAUGCACCGUCUUCGACAGCUUCAAAUCUUCCACGGCCUUCUCGCCCUUGGCUCCGACACUUUCAGCUUCUCAUCACUUCCUGGACGACGCAUCUUUACUGCAGAGCAGCUCGCCGACGCUCCCAAUAGCAUCCAGACCGCCGGCAAGCCCCUCCUCACCAGCGCAUAUAACUCGCUUGACCUCGUCGAAACGCUCAUCGAGAUCUCGGCCUCUGACGAUCAGAACGUCCGUUCUGCUGUCCAAGAAGUGCUCGAGCAUGCCAUCAAGGCCUGUCCUGAGCUCAUUCUCCUCGGCCUCGUGCAAAUCCCGCAGCCCUGGAACGCCAUCCACGCCGAACUUGCCUCUCAGCUGCUCACCAUGUUUAUGACGCCGCACAACAGCAGUCUCUUUGUCUUCCAUCGCAUCCUGAACACGCAGCGCGAGUACCUGCUCAACGCCUUCCGCAGUUUUUACCUCGAGAACCAGCUCAACCUCACCCGCAUCGUCGACGUGGCUCAAAGCCUCGGCAUUGUCGACGACGUCGUUGAGGCUCGACCUUUCGCAUUUGCUCUCGAUGUGGCCGCGCUGGCAUCCCGACGUGAAGCCAUUGACCUCGAUGCUUGGCUUCAGGACAACAUCAAUCGCCAUGGCAGCGACUUCAUUCGUGCCGUGCUCGAAUUCCUCGACGUCAAGGCGAAGGAUGACCUCGCAAAGCCAGAUCCGCAGGCCGAACAGAGCUUCGUGCCGCUCACUGUGCAAAACGUCGCCAGCUUCCUCAAGGCGUUGCGCUCCAACGGCGAGAGCAUGAGUGCCGAAGAGAUUGACUUUUUCAAAGGAGUCCGCAACGUCUGUCUUCAGCUUCAUCCUCGCCUCAUGAACCUUGCGCCUGGUGCAGAGGGCCAAGAACCAGGCCUCCAGGUCGUCACCUUUUCGCAGGACAUUCACGAAGAGGCCGAUUCGUGGUACCGUCAGAUGUACGAAGGGAAGAUCAGCAUCGAAGACAUUGUGCUACUCCUCCAGCGUACCCGCGCCUCCGAGAAUGUGCGAGACCACCAGAUCUUCGCCUGUAUGGUGCACACCCUUUUUGACGAGUACCGCUGGUUCGAGAUGUACUACCCUGCGGCCGAGCUCGAGAUGACCGCCGUCGUAUUUGGCUCGCUCAUCCAGUACCAGCUCAUCGAUUACAUCCCACUCGGCAUCGCCAUCCGCUAUGUCCUUGAUGCGCUUCGCAACCCCCCGGACUCGAGCAUGUUCAAGUUUGGUUUGCAAGCCCUCCUGCGCUUCCAGAAUCGGCUGCCCGAAUGGCCCCAGCUGUGCCAGGCGCUGCUCUCCAUGCCGCAUCUCCAGCAGUCGUACCCCAACAUCAUUCGCCUUGUCAAGAUGGCCCUCGCCGGUCAGCUGCCGGGCGCUGAUGUGGGCAUGCCCGGUGGCCAGUCUCUCGAGGACAAGAAGGCGCCUUUCCCUGCUAUCCGCGCGGACCCCUUGCCUCAGGACGGCGACCAGCGCGACCCUAGCGAGGAGGUGACGGACAAGGUACUGUUCCUCGUUAACAACCUUUCACCCACCAACCUCGAGUCCAAGCUGGGCGAUGCGAAGAGGCUAAUCACUGCAGACACCUACCGUUGGUUCUCCAACUACCUCGUUCUGCAGCGCAUCAGCAUCGAGCCCAAUAACCACGGCCUCUACGCCCAGUUCCUUGACGGACUCGACGCCAAGGGUCUCACCGCCUACAUCCUCCACGAGACCCUCUCCAAGUGUCAGAUGCUGCUCAACAACGACAAGACGGUCCAGUCGACACAGGAGCGAAACCUGCUCAAGAACCUGGGUUCGUGGCUCGGCAGCCUCACCUUAGCCCGCGACAAGCCCAUCCGUCACCGCAACAUCGCCUUCAAGGAGCUCCUCAUUCAAGGCUAUGACAGCAAUCGCCUCAUCGUGGCGAUUCCCUUUGUCUGCAAGAUUGUCGAGCAGUGCGCCAAGUCGAACGUCUUCAAACCUCCCAACCCGUGGCUGAUGGCCGUUCUACGUCUCAUGGUCGAGCUGUACCAAUUUGCAGAGCUCAAGCUCAAUCUCAAAUUCGAGAUCGAGGUGCUGUUCAAGAGCCUCAACGUCGAGCUCAAGGACGUGCCACCGACCACCAUCCUUCGCAAUCGCCCAUCGGCCGAGCUGCUCCAGCAGCAGCAACAACAGCAACAACAGCAACAACAGCAGCACCAGCAGCAGGUUUCGGGCCCUCUUCAGCAUCUCAGCCAGCAGCAACAGCAGCAGGCCGCAGCACAGAUGCAACUUCAACAGCAACGCCAACACCAGCAGCAACUCUCGCAGCAGCCAGCCACCGGCAUCGCCCAGGACCUCGAGCGUCUCUCGCUGGCCGGUGGAUACGGUGCAGCAGCCGGCGGUCGCUUGGGUGCCCAAUCACAAAAGGCUAGCGCUGCCGCCGCCGCUGUCGCCGCCGCCGGCUCGGGUGCUCAACCUGGCCAGUCGGCCGCCGCCGCCGCCGCCUACACCGAAGCGCUCGUGUCGAUGCUUCAGAGUCUGCCACAGUACGUGGUGUUCAACCCACAGCUUACCAUGUUCAGCAGCAACGCAGCACUCAAGCGCCUCAUCUACGUCGCCAUCGACCGCGCUAUUCGCGAAAUCAUUGCUCCAGUCGUCGAGCGAUCCGUCACGAUUGCCUCCAUCUCGACCCGCGAGCUGGUCACCAAGGACUUUGCCAUGGAGGGAGACGAGGACAAGAUGCGGACCUCGGCUCACCAGAUGGCGCAAAACCUUGCCGGCAGCCUCGCCCUCGUCACUUGCAAGGAGCCGCUGCGCCUCAGCAUGGUUGCCAACGCCCGCACCUUGCUUCUCGCCAACGGCUUCACCGAGCAGAACGUUCCCGAGCAGGCGCUGAUGGUCAUCAUGCAAGAGAACCUCGAGCUCGCUUGCUCCGUAAUCGAAAAGGCAGCCAUGGACAAGGCGGUGCCCGAGGUUGACGAGGGUCUCACCAACGCGUACUCCAGCCGUCGCGAGCACCGUACCCGCGGACGCGGCUACUACUGGGACAGCGCCGCCCUCGCCGCUUCGCAGUACGCCGCCACCUUGCCCGACAUGCUCCGUUUGCGACCCGAUGGUCUUGUCCCGGCCCAGCUGCGUGUCUACGAUGGAUUCAGCCGCCGCUUGUCCCCUGGCGUUGAUGGUGACCGUGGCACGCCCGCUUCGGUCCAUGCAUCCUCUGUCUCUGGGCCCUCUGAGGCUGGAUACCCUGAGACUGGUGCGUUCGCCGCCGCCGGGGCCGGAGCCGCCGGUACCGGUGCGGUGAGUGCAGCUGCGCUUCAGGAGGCAGGAGCUCAGGCCAACGUUCCCGCUGGCUUGCUCCCUAUCGCCACUGGCGGUACACUGAGCGCCCAGCAGUCGCUGGAGAAGUUUUCGCAGGGAAUGGCCGAGUUGGAGCGAUUGCUCGAAGCCGCCGACCAAGACGCAGGUCUGGGUGAACUGCCGCAAGACCACGAGAUCCGACAUGCGCUUCGACUGAUCCCCAUGGUCGCUGCACAGUCUGCCAGCCGUGACGAAACUGCGCUUGCCUUUUCGCAAAAGGUGGUCCAGCUCCUGUUCAAGAUUGAAUCCAAGCUCGGUCGCGAAGUCUACGUUGUCUUGCUCGACCGUCUUUGCGAGAUCUCGCUCAAGGCGGCUCGCGAGGUGACUGCUUGGCUCAUCUAUGCCGAAGACGAGCGCAAGUUCAACGUGCCCGUAACCGUUUCAUUGGUGCGUGCUGGCUUGGUCAACAUCGCCGAGCUCGACGUGCAGCUGGCCAAGCUCAUUCUGCGCGACCUGCGUGCCAGUGUCAUCGACUUUUCCGCUCAGCUUGCUCUCGAAAGCCUCCAGGAGCCCGCCAGUGCUACUCGCCAGCAGCUCACCAACACCAUCGAGGCGCUGCAACGUGCUGAGCAGCGCGGCAAGGCGACCGAUGCAUCCAAGCGCUUCCUGCACGACCUCGAGAGUGGACUGCUCAAGAGCAAGGUCGACGUCGGCAACACGGCGCUACGCGAGCAGCUUGCAUACUGCUUUGCGGAAUGGGCGCGUCUGUUCCAGCACUCGCCGAACCCGGAAAAGUCGUUCAUCGACUACGUCACGCAGCUGCAGAAUCAAGGCAUCCUCAAGGGUGAGGUGAUCUCGUCGAUGUUCUUCCGCGUCUGCACCGAGGUUAGCGUGGACAGCUACAUCAAGCAGAAGGCGGUGGGCGGUUCACCCGCUACGGGUAUUUUCUCGCCCAUCGACGCCUUUUCGCGCCUGAUCGUGCUCAUGAUCAAGUAUCACGCCGAUCCCACGGGAGCCAACAACGAGCAGGCCAAAGUGCACUAUCUCACCAAGAUUCUUUCCAUUGUGGUGCUGGUGCUCGCCCAGUCGCACGAGGAACUCGGAGUGCACUUCCAGCAGAAGCCCUUCUUCCGACUGUUUUCGAGCUUGCUGCACGACCUGCAUGCCACCGAGUCGAGCUUGGGUCCUGCCUACGUGCAGACGCUGCUGGCCAUCAGCAACACGCUCAACACGCUACAGCCUUCGUUCUUUCCCGGCUUUACUUUCUCGUGGAUGUCGCUCAUGUCGCACCGCUUGUUCAUGCCCAAGCUGCUGGAAGCCAACGGGCGCGAAGGAUGGGGCGCAUUCCACCGCCUGUUUGCAUCGCUGCUGCGCUUCAUGUCGCCGCUGUUGCGCAACGCCGAGCUGCAAGACACGUCCCGCCAGCUGUAUCGCGGCGCGCUGCGGAUUCUGCUCAUCCUGCUGCACGACUUCCCCGAGUUUUUGUGCGACUACCACCAGAGCUUGUGCGACCUGGUGCCUGCUUCGUGCAUUCAGCUGCGCAACCUGAUCCUCAGUGCUUUCCCACGCAACCUGCGCCUGCCGGAUCCUUUCAGCUCCAACUUGCAGAUUGGUCUGUUGCCCGAGAUGGGCCAAGCGCCGCACAUUGCUUCUGACUACGUCGCCGCGCUCAACCAGGUCGAUGGGCUGCGCGUCGCACUCGACGCGCACUUUGACCAAGCACGAGGCAGCGACGUCUCGGAACAGCUCAAGGGUCUGCUCAAGCAUGCCACACGUGCCACCAUGGCCAUCAGCAACGGCGCCAGCAAGGACGAAGCGACGAGUGCCGGCCACGCCGCCUUGCUGUCGGAAAGCGGCAUCAACGUCGGCGUGAUCAACUCGGUUGUUCUCUACGUGGGUGUGCGAUCCAUCGAUGCACGUCGCAAGGGCGAGAAUACCGCCGGCAACGAGGAGAGCGGUGCUGCGAUCCUUCGCUGGCUCGUGGCCGAGUCGGAGCCGGAAGCGAGGUUCUUUGUGCUCACGGCAGCGGCCAACCAGCUGCGAUUCCCCUCGAGCCACACGGCCUACUUUUCGGCAGCGCUCAUUCAGCUGUUCGCCGAGAGCGACGACGAUCUGGUGCGUGAGCAGAUCAUUCGUGUUCUUCUCGAGCGCCUCGUCAUCCACCGACCUCACCCGUGGGGAUUGGUGGUGACGUUCAUCGAGCUGAUGAAGACGCAGCGACACCGCAUUCCGCGGGCCCCGGCAGAGAUCCAGGCUCUGCUUGACCACAUUACAGCUACGCUCGCGGCGUCAGCCAACGAAGAUGGCGCUGGCCAUUCGCAUCACCACCAGCAGCAUGCUCAUCUCAACGGUCACUCUGCUUAUUUGCCGCAGCACAUGAUGCAACAGCAGCAACAGCAACAGCAGCAGCAAGCCUGA